UCUUUUAGUUAAAAGUUGUGAUUGAUGAUAUUCAUCAUCAUUUGGCCAAAGUUUUACGUCAAAAUGCUCUCACAUGGCUUGGAGAUGAAAUGGAAUUUGAAGAAGAAGCCUUAGAGAGGAGGAAAAGAAGUACAGAGAAUGAAAACUACAAAACUGAUUUUAAUUUUACCCUGACGGAGGGGGAACUGGAAACCAUGGAAGUUGGAAAAAGACUUAAUUACAGGUUAGAAAUCCAAAUCCCGAAGACAGAUUCCAUGGAUCUCACAGUGGAGUUUUUCACAAAAGAAAUCGGUAAUGGAAAUUACACUCCUGUAUUGGCCCUCUUCAAUGUCGAUGUGGAAAAGAAACCAGCAGGUCUGACAUACUCCAAAGGAGACCAGCCACAUAUCGAAAUGUUGCUCAGCGACGAAAUCAUGACUGCC